AUGUCUGAAAAUACUAGCAACCUUACAGGCUUGCUGGGAGACGAACAAAUUGAAGGGAUGAUUCAGUCUGCGCAUCAAAAUAUACUGCCGGGCCUUAUAAGCCAGAAGCGAGAUUUGGCUGUGUGCAUUAUGUUUGGACUGCUGUUUGCAUUGCUUUCAUAUAUCGAUGUAUUUCUGCACAUCCUUGGAGACAUAGCUGUGAUGAAGACACAGAUCCCAAGCUCAAUAUUGUUCAUAAAGUCCGUAUUAGUUGUUCCGGCGUCUUUCUUCUUCAUUGAUGUUGUUCAAAGGAAACUAAAAAUACUUGGCUCGUCAAGAAUGCUUGAGAUUAUCCUUCUGUGUUCCUCUGCAUUUGUGCUGCUUUUUGGAACCGUAAUCUGGCCAAACAGCAAAGCUCUUCAAAUAGACUUCUUCUGGUCAAGAGACAUCUUCUCAGAGGGGAAGAUGAACUCAAGGCAGCUUGAUUUUCUUUUUCCCACGCUCCUAGUGUUCAAUGAAUGGACUUCUAGUGUGCUGUAUCUUAUUUCUGAGCUCUGGGGAUCUUUGAUAGUGUCGUUUAUGUUUUUUUCGCGGUUGACGCAUCAAUGCACAGAGGCACAGCUGAAGAGGUUUUUCCCAAUGCUUUCGCUGAUUUCUGGGGCGGUUAUGCUCUCUUCAGGCCUGAUAAUAAGGAAUUUAAACAGCUACAGAGAUACUUUGUGCUUUGAUGGCAAGGAAGCAAUGUUUUCAAAUGUGUUUGUAGUGGCUUCGAUCCUUGGAUUAGUUACAACAGGCGUAAGCUUUUUUACAGACAGAUUCCUGACAAAGCAGCAGAGCAGUAUGAAGGGCGUGAUACAUGGAAAUGAAAAUAUAACGCUCUCGAAGUCAUUGAAACUAAUGCAGAAAUCAAAACUUCUUGCAUCAAUGACAACAAUCGUGAUAAUGUCUUCUGUAUGUUCUAGCGUUGUUGAGGCGACAUAUCGAGGAGGAAUAGCACUAGGUGCUGCACAAGCGUCUGAAACGAUUUCUUCUUAUGUUACCAGCCUGAACUACUCUGCACAGAUAAUAACAUCGAUUCUUCUGCUUGUAAUCUUUUUCAAGCCAGCAGGCCAAUUCAUAGACAGAAAAGGAUGGCUGCCCGUAGCAAUCGUUGCGCCUGCCAUGGUAGUUAUAUCGUUGAUGAUAUUUUUCCCAAUUGUUUUUUUAAACCUGAGGAGGGAGGAAGUGGCAAGGUUUAUCCUUGAAAACCAUAUUGGGAUGGUUGUUGUAUCGCUGAUGAGGAUAUCGAAAUACUGUUUUUUUGACAUAUCGAAGGAAGCAGUGUCUAUCAGAAUAGAUCCCAUGCACAGGCAGAUGUUUAGAGGAAUACAUGACGGGCUGGGAUUAAAUGUUGGAAAGACGAUAGGAUCGUUGUACUGCACGAUUAUGACGAUGAUAUUUGAUGUACGAGACAUAAGAAGCAUGGCACUGAUAUCAUCGGUGCUUAUAGCAGGGCUGUGCAUUGUGUGGAUCAGAUCGAUUCUGUGCAUAAAACGGAAUAGUUUUGCUGAUGUAGGAGCAAUCGAGCACUGA